AUGUCUAAGCAAAAGCUUGUCGAGGAGCGAGGGGAAGAAGGGAGAAGUACAACAACAUAUGUAGGACUUAUUUCUACUGUCAUUUACAUCGUAAAAAUAUCUCCUCUUCAACUUGAAAUAAAACCAAUAACAAUCCUGAUGGUAUCCUAUAUGCGUUCGUAAGCUUGCUAAAAUACUACUGCGUUGGUGUCCUCUUGUAAAAGCUGAAAUCCAACAAAUGCUUUGAUCCAUGCUACAUCUCCGUGUUGGAAAAGCCCUUUCAUCUCCGUUCAUGAUGACAUCUUACCCUUUUCUACGCAAAACUGUCAUAUCUACUCUCAAACAAGACGCCAACUUCAAUCGAAAACGCGUUCUACGAUGCGUCUAUACUCCAUCCCCAUAUCAUUGGCGUUGACUGGUCCGAGGUCGUCGAUCUUGUUCGCCCGUUUUCGGCGUCUUGACGCCCGCACAAUGCGAGCUUUAUUUAUCGAUUCAGAGGGGGUUCAGCGGUGAGAUCAGGGUAACGACGGAACAAUAGCGGUGUACUAAACGCCGUUGGCAAGAGCAUGGAUGGCACCCCCUAGUGUAUUACGCGUCCGAGGUCAUGCAUCCCGCAUCGCCUCUUUCGUUGGCGGUCUGAACCGCGUCUGUCUUCUCUGAACGGUUUAUUAUCGAUUACGAGGGGAUUGAACGGUGAGACCAGGGCAACGACGGAUCAAUAGCGGUGUACCACACGCCGUUGGCAAGAGCAAGGAUGGCAUCCCCUAGUGUAGUACGCGUCCGAGGUCAUGCAUCCCACAUCGCCUCUUUCGUUGGCGGUCUGAACCGCGUCUGUCCACCGUAUACUCUGAACGGUUUAUUUAUCGAUUCAGAGGGGAUUCAGCGUUGAAACCAGGGCAACGACGGAAUAAUAGCGGUGUACCACACGCCGUUGGCAAGGGCAAGGAUGGCAUCCCCUAGUGCAGUAGGUUUGCCUCCGAGGUACCGACGAUGUCAAGGGUGAAACACUUACAUUUUCACUUCGAGAAUUGUUUGUGCGUGCGUGUUUGCAUGUACUUCCCAGUAGGCCUGGAUGUGAACACUACUGCUGUAUUCCUUUUUUUUUUUCCUCCCAUCAUUGGACUGUGUAGUCUGCCCCUCUGGCCCCUAUCCUCCACUUCUACUAGCUAGACGACCCAACCGGGGUCACAUAGGAGGGGGGGGUUGAACCCCCUCCUGCGGUCCAUGCCUGAGGUAUUUUUAUCGCGAGAAGGGUACAGCAACCCCUUCCCUCGCGACUGACGAAGUCGAUGAUGGUUUACUAACAACGAGCUUUGCAGCGCGUCGCCUUCAACCUAGACCAGGAUUUAUUUAGUGAGAAAAAAGCUCUCUCUGCCGGGACUCGAACUCAUGACCUGGCCCUUAGCAGGCUGCGAGGCUACCCACUAGACAACCGGGGCGACCGGUGUAUGUGCAGACAGGAAGGAUGGUAGCACCUGUAGAGAUGCGCUCGUCCAGAUUUCUCGUUUCCACGCUGAGGGUUGCACAUCAAUCAAUCAUAUUCCACGGGCCCGAUCGAGUUCGCUACCUCAUCGGAAGUGCAACUGCAACUUCCAAGCCUCAUUUUUUCCCCCUGCCGUGUUUCGUGCCGUGUGGUAGAAAUCUCAUUACGGCAUUCCCACAGAUAGAGCCACGGGGAUUUGUCGCCGCCGUCACUCGUGCUGCCCAAGCUGCUGGAAGGUUGGUGAUCAUGCCGAGAGGAGGGGGCAAGUGGGGCGAGAAGAGGGGUUGUGGCAAGCAGGAGCGGAAGAAGCCGUCGGCAUGCGCGGUAAAAAGUAUGCUAUGCUACGAGUUUAUCUAAUAGCCCCCCUGCUCGUAUGCAUCAUCAUGCUCCGGCAACAUAUCAAUAUUGCCCUCACCGUUACCACCAUCUCCAAAACAAGUAAAACUCCUCCAAGACAAUCAAGAAAAAUUCCAACACAACCAAUACUACUCCAAAAUAAUCAAGAAAAAUCCCAACACAACCAAUACUCCUACGAACUUCAUCGGACUCUCUCUUUCUCUUGUCCAAUCUCGUCUUUCUCUUUCUCU